GCGGUGCCUGUCCCGGGGCGGAAGGGGGCGCGCACGCGGGGUCCCCGGCGAAGCUGCCAUGGAUGGGGCCACGGUGGCCGGUGACCUGCUGACUCUGGGGUACGCUGCCCUCCCGGAGGCUGCGUCUCGGGGCCCGUCGUGUGCGGACUUCAGGGCGCUGUGCGCGCGGCUGGCGGACGAGCUGACGGCUCUAGGAGCUUUGGAGCGGCGAGAGGAGGGCGCCGCAGUGCUGCGCGCUGGCCACGGCCCGGAUGCAGAGGAAGAGUUCCUGCGGCAGUUGGCCGGCCUGCUGCGGGCGUUGCACUGCCCGGAUCGCGCGCUCUGCGGAGGAGACUGCGCCACGGGGCUGCGGGAGCCCGGCGGCGGCCUGCGCCUGCUGCGGUUUCUUUGCUCCGAGCUCCAGGCUGCCCGCCUCUUGCACCUGCGGCUCCGGCCGGAUCCCAGCCCCGUACCGACUUUUGGAGAAGACGAAAAGGACGGAGACGGCACGGUUCAGGAACUGAUGCUAACUCUUCAAGCCCUGGGACUCCCUAGACCCCUGCGUGGAACCCUGGCUAGCCAGCUACUCCGGGAGCUUCACGACAAGGUCUCCGAGCUGCUGCCUUCCCUCCCCCCGGAGUCCCUGCAGCCCCUCCUCAACUCGCCACUGGACGCCCCGCGAUGGGAAGCCCUGGAGUCUCUGUCGCAAAGCCUGACAGAGCAGUACCGCUGCCGCCGCUGCCUCCUCCUGAAGCGCCUGGACCUCACGACAUCCGCUUUCCACUGGGGGGACCGGGCAGAGGCCCAAGGAGAGGCCAUGAGGGCUGUGCUGUCCCCAGUCCGAAGGCUUCUGACUCCAGAACCUGAGGUGUCUAUCCCACACGUUCUCGCCGCCCGGGCCGAUCUUUCCCGUGUGGUCCCGGCUACCAGCGUGGCUGCCCGCCGAGGGACCAGCUGUGCAAUCAACAAGGUGCUUAUGGGUGACGUGCCAGACCGUGGGGGGCGUCCGGGUGAGCUGGAGGCUCCCAUGCCCACCUGGAAGAGCCGAAGAGAAGGUGGAGGAACGGGGAGAGCUGGCCAACAGCGCUGGGGCCGCAGAAAGAAGAAAAAGUGACGGGUCCUUCAGGACCAGCUGUAGGUUCUGCCAGGGUGUGUGGGGGGCUGUUGAGAAUCCUAGGGCGUCACUGUGAGGGUUUCUUUCACCAAGCCCGGCCUUGCCUGUGCCGGAGACCCUAAACGCCCUACGCCCACCCACCACUCAACACUAUGAACCAUGUUGUCCGAAAAUAAAUUUAAUUCUU